ACACAAAGGAAUCAUUAAAAUCAUUUACUACACAGUUACACUACUCUCUCUCACCAGGAAAUAACGGACAAAUAAGAGUUACGCUUAAAAAAAUUUGUUUGAAAUUUCUUUACUAAAACAUAUGUUUGUUUAACGGGAGUUUUUUAGAAUUAUUAAAGAAACAUAACGGGAUGUUAAAAUAUUUUUUAUUAAUUUAAUUAAAAAAAGCUGAGAUUGUAAAUAAAUUUGUUUAAGUGAAAUGUUUAAAUGAAAUUAAAAUUUUGACCCAAUUUUCUUAUGUGAGUUAUUUACGUCACUGCAAGUUGAUGCUAAAGAUUUUUUUGUUGACAAAUUUUUUGUUGUUCUCUUUUUAUUUUUUUUUGCAAAAAAGAAGCUGCGAUAAUAGUACAAAAAAAAAGAAAAGAAUAAGAGUGUGAGUGUGUAUUAAGAGCAAUUUUCCUUUGUCUGGUUUUAUUUUGAUGAGGAUUUUCCGUUUUCUUUUUUUAGUGCUAUUGUUUUGUUUUCAUUGACUUUGUAGUUUUAGUGUGUGUGUGUGUGAGUGUGAAUACAUUUGAAUGCAGGAUGCGUGUAAAAUAAAAAUUAGAAAGGAUUUUUCCUGUCUUCAAAGAGAUUUCAAUUUCAGUUUCAGCAUCCUAGUUAUCUGGUUCACUUCAUAUAGCCGUUGUUUCAUUUCCUCUUACUCACACUUUUAAAAACAAACUUACUCAUUCACAUACUCUCACUUACUCACUCAUAUGUUUCUAUGAUUUGAAUCUGUAGUAUGUUUUAAAGGAAAGCCAGAUAUUGACACACUCUCCUUUAUACCAACCAACCAACCAACGAAACAUACUUUUUCACACACUCACUCACUCACUCACUUACUCACUUGUACUCACGGUGUAUAUUGAUUUGAUUAAAAAAGAAAUGGCAAAUUUUUUCAACAAAAUUUUCUUCAAUCUUUCGACAAACGAACAAUUUUUAAUUUAAAAUUGCAAACGAAACAUAAAUUACUUUAUUUUAUUUAAUUUAAUUUACAACAACAAUAAUUUAAAGCAAUUUUAUAAAUAAAUUAGUGUUAUAAAAUUCCAAAGCAUUCUAUUAGAAUAUGAAAAUCUAAUUUAAAGAAAAAGUUUAUGUAAAAUAUUUGAAAAAAAAGGAAUUUUGGUUGUGUGCUUGCAUAAGUUCUUGUUAAAAAGGAUUAAAAAAAAACCAAAAAAAAAUUUAAAUAUAUAAAGUGAAAAAAGUAAUAAAAAAUUCUUUUGUAUAUACAAAAUUAUAAAAAAAAAAAUUCAAACGCAUACAUACCAAAAAGUCAUAAAACCAAAAAAAGUAUAAUAAAACGAAUACGGAUCCUUUAAUUACGGGUAUUUUAAGAAAAUCUAAAACAAAUAACAAAAAAAAGCUGAAAUUAAAAAAAUAAAAAAAAAAUAAUAAAAAAUUAUACAUCUUGCAAAAUAAUUUAAAAUAAAAUAAAUAUCAAAGCUUUAACUAUAAAAAACAACAACAGCAACAACGCUUUAACAACGUACAAGUAAUGGAGAAGAUGCUUUAACAAGAAGAAAAAAAACAUGAAAAUGAGAAAAAAGAACAAAGAAAUGUAUAAGGCUGCUAAAAUAUUUUAAGGAUAAUAACAAGGAUUUCUAUAGUACUAGCAGAACCCCCUAGCAGACAGACAGACAGACAGACAAAUAAACAUUUCAAACAUUUGUUUCAUCUAAAUCUUCAAAUGAAUUGAAAAUAACCAACCUUCAUAAUGGAUAAAUGUAAUAUCUUUAACAUGUUAAUCUUCUAUGUAUUGUUCAACACAUACAACAUUUCACAACUAUAACCAAACUUUUGCUGAACAAAAAAUAAAAAUGAAAAUUAUGAAAUAGCUUAAAAUAUUAACAAACAUUUUAGAGUUAAAUAACAAUUGGAAUAAAAGCUAAGAAAACAUAUUAUUUAACAAUUUCGAAAAAAAUAUAUACAUGUAUAUAACUUCUGAAUGUUAGUGCUCCAUCAUCAUUGCCUAAAAUCUGCAGUAUUAGGAAGACCGAUAAAAAUAAAAGCACUUUAAAGCUGCUCUGCUGCUCCUACGAUGAGUGUAGCGAUGCGUAUGAAUAAUGGUCUUCACCAUGCAGUUUCAAUGGGCACUAUAGAUUCACACGCCAAACCCACAUAUUCAAAUCAAGCGGAUCGAAAUUAUGAUUCAGAAGACGAAAAUACGCAUCGCAGAAGAUUAAGACACACCUCAUCGACCGAACUAUAUCCGAAACCCUCACAAUACUCCAAAGGAGAUAUCAGAGAACAGUAUUGCUUAACUGAUCGCCAGGUGAAUACCAUAGAACGUUCGAGACGUGAAAAGUUUUUCGGUUGCCUCUCAAGACGCAGUGCUCCUCAAUCUUUAUUGGGUGGUUGUGUGGGUAGACGUAUACCAUCAGAUGAAAAUCUGGCUCCGUAUACACCAUUCUAUAAAUAUUCUCGCUAUAAUCAACAAUAUCCACCAACUUCUACUGCUGCUGCUGACAGUAUGGACUUGGAUAGUUCCUAUUUUCGUCGACAACCAGCCUCAAUAUUAAGCACCUCCAAAAUGGUUGAUGCCUCCACCGAUAAUCGUCAAACAUCAUGGAUGGAACAACAAAAGCAGCAGCAACAGCAUCAUCAUCAACAGCAACAACAACAACAUUUAUUGCAACAGCAACAAAAUCAGCAGCAACAUGCCUAUAACAACUAUAAUGCAAUUAGUUAUAUCAACGAUAAAGGCUCUUAUCACUGCCCUUCUCAUAUUGGAGUUAAUACCGGCUUGCAACAACAUGCUGGACCACCUACUACUCCCAGCAGAACUAAACAUGUGAGUUUUGCCCGUUCACAUACUCUAACGUCUUUCGAUGAUUUCAAUGUGGGCUUUCGGUCUUCGGGUCGCAUGAAAACGGCUCAAUCGCAGGAGCGUUUAAUAGGAGGAAAGAAACCGGUAGGACCUACGGGUUCCUAUUAUGAUACCCUACCUAUGUGUGGACCUCCUAUCACUGCCAUUAUGGGAUCCACAUCCACCAUACAUAUGCUGCCUCAGGCUACAGUUCCUGUUCAUCAGAUUGGUCAUACGCAUCAGCAUCAUAUGGGCCACAUACAGCCCACCUACGUGCCGACUUAUGUUGCCGAACAGCAUGUACAAACGCAACAGCCUACCACAUUGAUGGCGGCCAUACCUAUAAUGGAUGAUUUGACAGUGGUACAGGGUGGCCUGCCAGCCCUACCUCCUCCCAGUCCUGAAGUCAUAGUGGUGGAGAAGAAAUUUCGUAAUGCCAUGAAAACACAGGCUACACAAACUGAUGUUCGUAAGAAUGAAUUUGAACAAAAUUUAGCUUUGAGUCCUCGGACCAUACAUCGCGUUAAGGUGGUGUCGCAAGGUGCCCAAACAAAUGGUCUGCAAAAUGGCAAAGCUUUGACCAAGAGUUUGUCGCAAAUACCUUAUGACACCCACCAGAAAGACUCUGCAAUGGAGGCUAAUAUAGCCGAUCAUGAGGCUUUACAUCGCACUCAGUCAGAAGAACCGCCGAAAUCUCCCUUGGAGAGUAAUUUUACUUACUAUCAACCACCUCCACCUUUGGAAUAUGACACUAAUCAUGAGCUCUACUAUCAUCUGCCUAAAAGGGAACAUAUGUCAACGAUGCAAAAAGAAGAUUCCUUUUCUUAUGAAAGUAAUAGUUUACCGCGUCGAGCCUGUGGUUUUCGUUUAGAUACCGACUUUCACAGUUUGCCCCGGCGUGAUAUGCAUAAUGUUCAAGAUGUUUGCAAGCACAUAACAGAAUGUUCCGAACUAAUGGCAGAUGGUUCCUCCGAUUUUACUUCGGACCUCUUACCGCCUCCGCAAGAAUACUGUCAGAUUAAUGAUGAUGAAGAUUCCUUAGAUACUACACAAACAUUUCCCAAAGAAUAUUCGGACACUAAUCGCCGUAAAUCCAUGUUAGUAACCAUGGAGCCUCAAAACGAUACUCCUUUCAGACGUGAUGAUAUACGUCGUCAAUCUAUGCCGGUUUAUGUUAAAACUGAAAAACUUAUCGAUCUAGAUUAUGCCUCCUCAAAGGGAUCUCGUAGGUUUUCACGCAAAUCCUUUAGGGAUGACAUGUCUGAUGAAAAGGAGAUUAUAAUUGACUUUAAACCAUAUGUUAAAUCUGAUUUUCAUAUUAAACCCUUUCGCCAAAAAUCCACAAAGAAAAUUGAAAAGCCAGAACAAAAGGAGGACUAUUAUGAACCUAGAGAACCUUUAGAUUCAGUAUCGGCGGAAAGUGAUCAUAGUGAAGAUCAACAUAGAGAUCCGGUUUAUGAAAAUAUACAAACUUGCAUGUGCAAUAUACCAGAUGUUCAAGAAGCCGAAUGCAGCGAACAAGAGGAAAAGGAUGGCAGAGGAUCUGGUAUUUCAGCACCACCAAGUCCCUUAAGAGAAGAGCCUAUAGGUCAUGCUUCUACCUAUCCGUCAUCGGAUUCAUUGGCCAAUGAUGUAACUAGAGAUCAUUCAGAUGGUCAUUGGAAUGAAUCUGAGGUGACCGUGUUAACGGCAGAGCAACGAUCGGAGGCUUCGUAUAAUUCAAAUCUUCUAUUAACGCCUUCAACUAAACGCAAACAUCUACUGUUGCAACAUCAACAGAGAAGUUCGGUUGAUACUGACGCUUUAGAUUUAGAAGAACAAUUUACCGAUCAGAGUCCCACUUUUAGUCAGGCCUCAAUGAGCUUAAAGUCUCGUUCACCGGUAACACCACAAAGCGAAAAAGAACCUAAACUUUAUGCGGCACCACAAAUGAAAAUGUUAUCACCCUCUAUAGAAAUAACACCCUCUUUUGUAAAGAGCUCUACUUUAACUAGACCAGGUGCUAAAACUUUGAUAGCUUCACCUAGAAAGAGCAUUAUCACAACGCCACAAAAAGAACAGAGAAGGUUAUCCGAAAUCUCUUUAGGCUUGUCCUCCAUGACAGAUAUACCAAAAAGUUUUACCGGCAAUGCCGAUAACUCUGAAUGCAGCACAAAUACCAAUACUGAGGAAUAUGCCACUUGUACCGAUACUUCUAGGCGUACGCCAGUUUCCACUCAAAGCUCCCAAAUGGAUAAGAGUCAUGGUGAAUCUUCUUUUGAAAGCGCCUCAUCUUUAUAUUCUUCCAAAGCUGAAAUUUUAACCGAAGAUAUGCUGCAAACUGAGGACUCUCGCCGAGAAUCGAAAUCCAGAUUGGAAUUGAGUCUUAAUUUACCUUUUACACCAAUCGAUGUUCCUAAAAAAUCACCCACCCAUUCGGUAAGCAGUACUUCAUCGGGCAGCUAUAAUGUGGGAGGUGAGGGAAAAACCCCAGAGUCAGAAACAAAGUCUCCCUCCACCAUGAAAACAUCAUCCUCUCCUUUGGCUCAAAGAACAGAACAAGUGCGCAUUAAAAUGGAAUCUGUGUCCGAUGAUGAGCGCAGUGAAGUGCGUUAUUCCUCCUCGGGCUACUAUGAGAGUCCCCAUGAUGAUGAAUAUCAAAAAAUCAAAUCACGACGUCACCGCCAAGAAGAAGAGCGCAAAAGAAGAAAAACUUCCAUGAAAAUCGAUAUAGAAAAAGAAAAUAUGCGUGCUUUAACGAGUCCCAUUAAAAGGGAACAAUUGAAGAAAUCGCCAGAAAGACAAAAAGUCUCCAGUGCUUUGGCCGAAUCGACUAGCCCCAUUAAACUUAAACGUUUCCGUCCUAAAAUACGUCGUCAACUAAGACGUUCUUCACGUGAUGAAAGUAUACCCAAACAACGUAAACCGAAUGCCGUUAGUCUAUCGCCUCAAGGCAAUAUGGAGAAACUAUUAGAUGCUAGCAUGUCAGCGGUUAUAUCACCUAAAACACCAACUCCUUUACACAAACAGGAGGUAGAACUAGUAACUGCCAGCAAAACUAAAGAAGUAGCUUUACCAGCAACCAUGAAAAUCGCCACUACUUUGGCACCCACAUAUGUGAAAUCAGCAUCGGAAACUUGUCAAUUAAAAGCCAAAUCCAUAGAGUCUCUCAAUCGUUCCGUUUCGCCUGGUUCCGAUUCGGUUUUUUACAGCGAAGCUGAUGGCAAUAAUGCUGAUCCUCACAGUGGUCACUGUUCACACUGUGGUAAGGAGGUAGAGGAUCCAAGUGUAGUUUGUGGCGAUUCGGUAGAAUCAUUACCUUAUAUAGACAACGAACCGGAUAUUGUUAAGCCACCGUCCGAUUUUGCCGAUUCGCCUGUAACUAGUAAGACACCGCAGAGGCUGUAUAAGAAAAUGGAUAAACGUUUUAGAUCCGAGGAACGUUAUCAUACUGAACGAGGGCGUCACUAUAAGAGUCGGAAGGAGAAUAUAAGAGCUAAGAGCGAGGAACGUAAUCAAGAGUGUAAUAAGAAAACCACACCCAACUUGCGUCCUGCUGGAUCAAGUCCCUGCAUACUGCCAGAAAUAACGAAUGAAACUAAACAACAAACCAUUUAUAUAGGACACUAUGAAAGUGCACGUUAUACCCGAUUAACUGAUUCCGAUAUAUGGGCUCAACUCGAUCAUCAAUCAUUAGAAAGAAACCGCGGCCGACGUUCCUCCACAGAUUCGGAAAAAAGUUUUUACUCUAAAUAUCAAGUUAUUCUACAUCGUUUGGUGCAGAGACGUUGUACUUUGGAAAUGUAUCAUCGACAGAAAAACGAUACUUUCGAAAUCAACAAAAUGUUGGAAUUGAUCACCUCAAAUUCGGCACAAAAUUCGCUGAGGCGUAGACUAGAGGAAAUUUUAAAGUUAAUGUUAUUGGUAUGGGCCCGAGAAGGCCAUGUACUAUCGAAAUUAACACAGGGAGAAUAUGGUGUGGACAAAACCGUUGUGGUUAAAAGUGAUUCUGGGGAGUUUGGUUUUCGCAUACAUGGCUCUAAGCCGGUAGUAGUAGCUGCCAUAGAACCUGAUACUCCAGCCGAAAGUAGUGGUCUAGAGGUGGGUGAUAUUAUAAUAUCGGUAAAUGGUGUUAAAGUUUUGGAUAAACAUCAUACCGAAGUGGUGAAAAUAGCCCAUGAUGGUUGUGAAAAACUCGAAUUGGAAGUGGCCCGUACAUUGGGUGUACUAAUGAAUGAACAACAAGAACCACCGAUACAAGUCAUUUACAGCGGCUAUUUAUGGCGACAAAGUGGUCAGGCCAAGGGUUCGCCUAAUACUAAGAAAUGGGUACAAAGAUGGUUUGUUUUGCGAUCAGACAAUUGUCUAUAUUACUACAAGACUGAAGAGGAUACUCAACCUGUGGGUGCUAUGAUUAUGGCUAAGCAUAUAGUUGAAUCAUGUCCGCCUAAGAUUGGUAAACCCUAUGCAUUUAAAGUUGAUUCAGGUGAAGGUAUACCCAUGUAUGUGGCAGCCGAUAAUGAGGAAAUGGCUAAUCGUUGGAUAAAUAUCUUAAAAAAGGCCGCCAAUCAAGAUAAUGCCUGGCUGGAUAAAAGCGCCCGCAAUCUUUAUAAACAACCCAGCAGCAUUACACGUCCCGAUUGUUUUGGCUUUCUUAUGAAAUUGGGCUCGAAAUGGUGUGGCUGGUCGAAACGUUAUUGUGUUUUAAAAGAUGCCUGUCUAUAUUUCUUUCAAGAUGCCAAUUCAAAAUCAGCCUUGGGCAUGGUGUGUUUACAUGGCUAUAAAGUGUCCUCUAUGUCCGCGGCUGCUUCGGGUAAAAAGAACUCUUUCGAAAUUGUACCACCUGAACCCAAAUUAAGACAUUAUUAUUUCUAUACCGAAUCCGAAAUGGAAAAGAAAAGAUGGAUUUCCGCCCUUGAAUACUCGAUAGAUCGUUGGAUUAAAUCCGGGUAACUAAGGUUAAAAACUCUGCCCAAAUCCAUUCACAGCACUAAAAGGAAGCGUCGUAGUUUUAGUUAUUUUAUGGAAUAGUUUAAUUUAAUACUCACACACUCUUACACACACACACACAGACAACAAGGUAUUGUUGAUGUUAGAGAACCUACUACUCCACAAAGGGCAAAGCAUAAACCUAAAGCACCCACUGGCACCCACGGAAUCAGAACUUGACAGAUGUUAAUGAUUUUAUUCGCCACAUUUUCACUCAACAACAAGUAGAAGAGAAUCGAUACAAUAAUACAAAAAAUAAAAAAUGCCAAAUAUUUUCAAAACCAAAAAUGGAACCAGUAUGUCUAAUAAAACAAACAAACAACAAAAACCAAAAAAAAAUAAAUAAUAAUAAUAAUUAU